UAUUUUUUGUUCAUCUUAUCCAAAAUCUUUGAUCCAUAAUCUUUUGUGUCUUUACACCCAGAAAGAGUUUGGAACGGAACAAAGAAAAGUUAAAAAAAGAAAGAGGAAAAUCAUGGCAAGUUGCAGUAUGACUUCUGCUGCCUCAGGAUUUUUGGGAGUACCGAAUGUCAUCCCCAGCACAAGCACAAAUCGAUGCAGCAUGUUAAUGUUGACAUCCAAGAAAAACAGCAAUUCAAGGCUGAGCGUACGGGCGGAGGAGGUAGCUGCACCCGCUGCAGCCACUGCUCCGGCGGCCAAGCCGCCUCCUAUUGGACCCAAGAGAGGAACUAAGGUUAGAAUCCUUCGCAAGGAGUCCUACUGGUACAAGGGUGUGGGAUCAGUUGUAGCUGUUGACCAGGAUCCCAAGACUCGCUACCCAGUUGUUGUGCGGUUUAACAAAGUGAAUUAUGCUAAUGUUUCGACAAAUAACUACGCCCUGGACGAGAUCCAAGAAGUUGUUUGAGUAUUUUUUCUUUCUUCCAUCUGUGGAGAAACAUUUCAAUAUUAUGUAUGAAUUUGUUCAUCCUUUAUUGGAGCAAUAUAAAAUUCAAGAUUUCGUACUUUAUUAUUAAA